CUUCUUCGUAAGGGCUCUUAAGGAAAGUCCCGUGCUCCCAAUGCUGAAUGAUGUAUGUUGUAGAAGUACAUUGGCACAGUUUUGUAUUAGUCCUUAACAUUGCCCUCUCUCACGGGAAAAACAAGCCUGCAAAUAAUGAUGCUGGACUCCAUUAGCCAUAAUACCUUCCUGCCAAACACAGUGAUGUGUGAAUCCUUGACAUCAUGGUCAGAUGUAUUUGGAAUAGUGGAUGAACAGUACUCACUAUUUGAUCAUCAAACAGCUUGUGAUUCGUCCUGGACUUCUAUGCAUCCAGAAUACUGGACAAGACAGAACGUCUGUGAGUGGCUACAGUUUUGCUGUGAUCAAUACAAACUGGAUGCUAAUUGCAUUUCCUUUUCCCACUUCAACAUAAAUGGUCACCAGCUCUGUUGUAUGACCCAAGAAGAUUUUUUAAAUGCUGCUGGAAUUUGUGGUGAAUACCUCUACUUCAUUCUCCAAAACAUCAAGACUCGUGGCAUCUCCUUCUUUCAGGACAAUGAAGAUACAAAGUCAUCUGAAAAAGACUAUAAUGAUAAGGCAUGUUUGAGAACAGGUGGCAUCAAGAGUCAAGAGUUUCAAGGUCACAGUAGAACAAGUCUGCAGAGUUCUCACUUGUGGGAGUUUGUACGAGAUCUUCUCUUGUCCCCUGAAGAGAAUUCCGGUAUCCUUGAAUGGGAAGACAGAGACCAAGGCAUCUUUCGUGUUAUCAAAUCUGAUGCUCUGGCAAAGAUGUGGGGACAAAGGAAAAAAAAUGACAGAAUGACUUAUGAAAAACUAAGCAGAGCACUCAGGUAUUAUUAUAAAACUGGAAUUUUGGAACGAGUUGACAGGAGAUUAGUAUAUAAGUUUGGAAAAAAUGCACAUGGAUGGCAAGAAAGCAACUCAUGAGAUACCCAUAUCUUUGGACUCAUUAUACAAUAAACAAUGUGAAGGUCAACUCCUACAGAUGGAAGUUCUCUGCUGGCUUUUCUAGAUCGAGGUGGCCAUAUAUUCUGGAUAGCUGGAUAAAAUAACCAUUAAUAGACAGUCUGGAUUAGGAAAUGUGCUGCCUUUGUACUUUUUAUCUACCACAUAACCUGCAUGGCAUAAGUACCCAUAAUAUGUUUCAAUCUUUCCAGUAAUCUGGUGCGAUUUUGCUCUGAAAGCCAAUAAGAGUUUGUCAUCAGUACUUAAACCUAAAUCCCAGCGUUAUAAUGCUUCCAUUUUGAGUUUGAUGGUAUUUUGAAUAGCAUUUUCUUGAUAUCAACAAGUUGCUCACCCAUUUAUGGGUGAGCAACUGAUUGUCAUGUGGUCUGUAUGAGUCUCUGUAAUAUUUUUUUACAGGCUCAAAGAACCAUAGAAGUAGUGCCUCUAACACUCAGCAGUAGAGUCCAAGAAACAGGUGCAAUUUCCUAUUGCUUGAAUGGAAAAUAAUGUGUGUUUUUUAAAAUGAUGUGUUUAAAUAUUAAAAAGUACUCAAAUGUAAAAAAAAAAGAUCUGCUUUAUCUGGUAAACAUAGUCCAUGUCUACCAUCACACUCCAAUAGGUAACGUAGAAUAGUGAUUUUUCUCUAUCGUAUCAACAUGAAUGUGGAUAUGUGCUCUUCUAGAUAUAGUUGAAUUGGAACUCCCAACAGCCUCAGCCAAUAUAACCAAUGAAAAUGGCACAUGGAUCUAAUUCAUCAACAUCGGGAGGCCAACAAGUUCCUGUGCUUGUCUUCUUGCAUUAAAAAGCAGUUUCAUCUUGCUUGAAGUAACAUUCUUAGUACGGUUAUGCUGGUAAUCACAACAAUAUUUGUCACAGAAUGAAUAAAAAAUGAUUUGUGGUACUGUAUAUGAAGGUUACACUUGAGUCCAAACAGACUUGGGAAAGACUGGUUCUGAUUCCAGCUGGAUAAAGAUUUGCUGCUACUGUUCACCUUUUACACAUGCGAAAGGAACCAAAACCUCUAUUUCUGCUUCAGAAUUUUUGAAGAAGUUUUUUCUUUUUUGUUUCUUCAGGAGGAAAGGCAAUGUGUUCUGUGUUCAUAAUGCCACUUUUGUAAUCUAUAAAACAUGAAAAGACUUUAGCUAUGAUUUAUACUCCCUCACUCAAAGCAAGGUUGUACAUCAAGAAUGUGGUUGAAUAAAUGUAUUUAGCUGGCUUCUUAGGACUGUUGAUUCUCUUCCUGGGAAUAAAGUUAGUUCAUUAACUGAUUUACUAGAUUUUUGCAAAAUUGUAACAAUGUAACUUUAACCAUCUUUAUUAUUAUUUUUAAUUAAUGGUAAUUUCUUCACACUAUAUAUUCUUUAGCACAGACUUCUUAUUUGUUCAUGUAAUAUUGGCUGGGUGGGUCUGUCUGUGGAUGGAUGAAAAGAUGGAUGAAGAUAGAUAGAUGAUAGAUAGAUAGAUAGAUAGAUAGAUAGAUAGAUAGAUAGAUAGAUAGAUAGAUAGAUGGAUGAUAUCGUAUUUUUCAGCCUAUAAGACACACUUUCUUGUUUCCAAAAACGGGUUGAAAAUGUCGGUACAUCUUAUAGACUGAAUAUUGCCAAAACCCUGCCCAUCCACUGGUCAUUUUUUUGCCUUCACACACCCCAUUUCCAGGCCUUUUUUCGGCCUUUUUUAGACCUUUUUGGCCCAUUUUCGAGACUUUUUUUGGCCAAUUUUUUUCAGAAAAAAUGGCCUGAAAAAAGCCUCAAAAACAGGUCAAAAAAGCCUUGAAAACGGGCCCAAAAAGCUGAAAAAAAUGGGCUGAAAAAAAGCCUUGAAAAUGGGCAGAAAAAAGCCUUGAAAAGGCCCGGAAAAAGGCCCAAAAAUGGGACAUGGGAAGCCAAAAACUUUUUUUUUGUUGAUUUCUAAAUUUAGGAGCUUUUAUAAUCCGAAAAAUAUGGUAGAUAGAUACCGAUGCUUGGUGGAGUGAAAUAUAUCAAGCCUGCCACAGUUAGAACAUGAGUUACAUGAGUUAACUGCCUGUGUAUACAUAGGCCAUAAUUUAAAUAAUUUAUAUUUUGCAUACCUUUCUGAAAACAAAAUCUGGUGCUUUAUUAGAGAAGUCAUAAAAUAUUAUUUUGUGGAAAUAGCUAAAUUUUAUCCUGUAGUCUUCUAAAAGAAGAAGGUGACUCUAUGAACUCUUAGCAAAUCCUAAUGAACUUAGCAGAACAUACUUCGAAGUAGAUUUACUUAACUCAGAAGUUUGAUAUUGACAUUAAAAGAAAAGCAUAAUUAUUUUUGAAGCAAUAUAUUUGUAUUAUGCAUUAAUAUAUUCUACCUCAGAUGAAUAUUGAUAGGAACAAUUGGGGAUGUUAUGGUCAUCAUUAAAUUAGGAGGUCCUCUGCAAACUUCAUAAAUCUCACUUGCCCUCUUUUAUAACUCAGUCUUAUUAUUUCAUAUCAUAGCAAUUGUGAAUCCUAACAAAAAUGGAAGAUCUUAGAAUAUGCAACUUUUUUCGAACAUUACAAAAAAAAAGCAAUGCUGUUGUUUUAAAUUCAGUUUUGUUAUGCUCAGAAUAGAAUCUUGUCAGCUACAUAUGGGGAAUCAAAUCUAAUGCCUGUUAGAAUUACAAUUCCCUCAUUAUUGCCCAUUUUGAAUAAAACCUUUUGGAACUAUAGAUGAAAACAUCUGAUAGAUCCCACAUGACAUGUCAUUAAACUAAGUCCAUAAAACCAAAAGUAAAGCAAGUUCACUGUUCUAAUUAAUACAGGGAUCCUAUUCACAUUUUUUUCUCAAUUUACGUAUUUCAUUUUGGCUUCUGCAAUGGUUUUUUUUUUCCUAUUAAUGUCUCUCUUUCUUCCCUGGUCGAUAAAGGCUAUAAAAUCAUGCUACAUUUUGUAAAAAAUAACAGUUUAGACUUGGCAAUCAGACUGAUAUUGCUCCAGCAUUAUCCACAGUAGGAUGCAUGCAUCAAAAGGUCAAGAUUUUAUUUUAACUUUGGAAAUGAAAUAGAAAAAUUGCAUUUAAAAAAAAGAUCAAGAUGGCAACUUGCAAUUGAACCUCCGCGUUCCCUUUUUUUCCUUCUUUUUUUAACAAGAGUUACCAUGUAAAAAGGACAGGACUUUGAUUGUGUGAUCAAGAUUAUCAUUCUGAGUGUUUUUGAACUCCCUGCAGAUGUCCCUGCACUGGUCAAUAUUUAUUUGUUUGCUUAAAAAAAUUGAUAGGCCAAAACUGUGCAAUGUACUGUAGUUCUUAGACCCACCCAACCUUCUACAACAUAAGUAAAUAAUUAUCCAUAUUUUCAAGGCAUUUAUGUCAAUGAACAUUGAAGUGAACAAGCAAGAAGGCUUAUUAACUACAAAAUAAGUUUCUAAGAUUCAAAGUUAAAAAAUAUUCUUUGUGAAAAAGAUAUUUGAAAAGUAUUCUUCACUAUUCAUUUUUCAAGAUCAAGAACAAGCCUCAUGAAGUAUUAGUUUUCAUUAUAAGGAAGGUGUCCUUUUGAACUUGAGUAAGUUCCUGAUUCAAAAAAAAAAAAAAGGCUGGGAAGACUGAGCUUAUGUCAUAAGAAGAAGUCUGGAGAGGGGGAAGCAUAAAAAAGUCAACCAACUCGGAGACGUAUUUAGUGUAAAAGCUUUGUGCUGCUUUUUUGAGAUUCCGUAAACUACCAAAUUAUAGAUAAACAGUUGGAUUCCACCCUCUUGCACACACAAAAUUGUACAUUAUCUUAAUUAACUUUAUCUCCCCACAUAUCUUUUUGUCAUUCGAUCCUGGAGCUACUUUAUUAUUGUAUUUAUUUUGACAGCCAAAUGCAGAAUAUGCCAAUUUAAUGGCAUUGGAUGUUGUUUCUAGAAUACCAAUGCAAAACUACAUGGGUAAUAUCUAAAUUGAGUUUGUAGCAGUCAGCCAAUAGGCCUAAAUUUUUUUUUAACUGUUAUUUUUUACAAAAUGUAGCACGAUUUUACUGUUACCUCUGAAGUAGUAGUGGAAAACACAGCCAGUGCAAGAUCUAGAAUAAAUGUGAUGUUUUAUUAAAUAUGUUUGUAAGCAAAUGUAAAUUCUUAUAUUGUAAUCCUGCAUUUUUGGUUCACCGCGGUUUGU